AUGGUAAAGACCACCACUAUCUUGUAUAUGGAAUGUAAUAAAUCGGGAGGAAAGGGCGAUUUCUUGGCUGAAAAUCCUUUGCAAAGUGAUUCCUCUCAAUCUUCAUCCUCUCACUGUUUCUCCCCAUUCGUGCUUCUAAUGAAUCAAAUAUCAUCGAAUAAUAAUGUAAAGAUUCAAGAAAUCGCCCGAGAAAAAACGGCCCAGUGUGGUUCGCAUCUUGCUCCGCCAUCGUUAGUAGCGUCGGCCCGGUUUAUUACAUUCCAUAUAAAUUUCCUUUCCUUCAAUUCUAACCCUAGUUUGUUCUCCCCCCCCCCCCCUUUUCCUUCACAAACACACAUGGAUUAUGAGUUCCUUAUCUGUUCCUAUGGGGUUCACGAAGCAUGGUUUAUACAUCUAGGGUUUCUGAAUUUCAAGUAUUAUGCACACAAAUGUCAGAAGAAAUAUGGUCAACCAGCUCAAAUAUGGUCUGAUUGCUUCAUCGUUGUACGUCGUGGCUUCUUCAUCGAGAGAAGUAUUGGCUCCUUCUUCGUCACUAAUCAACUAUUGAUAUAUGAACUCUUGAAUUUAUCCCCAUUAUUCGCCCAAUUACUGCUAGUUGUCAAAGACAUGUUUAACUGCCUUAGUCAUCAACGAACAUGGGAUGCCCAAACGACUGAACCAUGGCCUGUAAAUGAAACGAAAACUGCACCAAAAAGGCAAGCAAGGAGAUGCAAGAUAGGGUCUGAAACUGAAAGCUCACAAGCUGUUGAUAAAGUCCAUCAUCAAUUCCUCAAAAUAUUACCUGAGUUGUUCAUUCAACCGAUUGAAAAAUGGCUCAAUAUGAGCAAAGUUCUGCCAAAUGAGUUGAUCCCAGUCAUUGACAUAUCUGAUUCUGAAGACCCUGAGCUACUGGAGAAAGCACUAGAAAGGAGUGGAAAUGAUUUAGAUUCUGGCAUCAAGAGUCUCAAUGAACUCUAUCUUGGAUAUGUGGAUGGGAUCUCAGGUUUACCCAUGCAAUCAAAUGUAGUAACUGAAAAAGAUUCUUCUACUGAGAGUGAAGGUGUUGCUUCUUUGGAGAACAAUUCAUCAGCUAAUAAUGACAACAUCCCUAAAAGUGGUGCAGAAUGGGCUGAAAUGUUUCCAGUAAGAAACAGAGUUGUAUGGUUAUUUGUUAGUUUUAUAGGAAUGUAUAACCCAUGUUAG